UGCAAAACAAAUUCCGAUUGGGUAGAACGAAAUGCGCAGCAAUUGUUUCAAAUGUGUUUGCUCCAAAAAUUGUCGAAGAAAUGAAAAAGGAAUUGGAAUCAUGCAAUUUCGUCUCGAUCGCAACAGAUGCUUCAAACCAUGGUGCAAUCAAAAUGUUUCCCGUUGUUGUUCGUUAUUUUGCAGCACUCGAAGGUCUCAAAACAAAGGUUUUGGAUUUAUCAGAUCAAAAAGGUGAAACUGCUGACAUAAUCGUGAAUUUGCUAAGCGUUACGGCAAACAAUUAUGACAUUGAGAACAAAAUUGUCGUGUUCUCUGGUGACAACGCACCAACCAAUUUUGGAUCCGUUCAUCGAACAGGCAGCAAAAAUGUAUUCAAGCAACUAAAACAACGUUUCAAUGCGAAUAUGAUUGGAGCUGGUUGCACCGCUCAUUCACUUCACAAUGCGAUAGGCAACGCUUCUGACAAGCUGGACAUUGACGUUGAAUACAUCGCAGUGAAAAUUUAUACACACUUCUACCGAUACACUGUUCGUUUGAAUACAUUGAAAGAUUUUUGUGAUGCAAUUGGUGAAACAUACGUAAAAUUGAAAGGCUACAGCAAAACGCGCUUCUUAGCGUUGAAAGAAUGUUUGAGUUCAAUCAUUGCCAAUUUCGACGCAUUGAAUGAAUAUUUUCAUUCUUUCGAUGCACCUGUGAAAAUUUUGGAAUUUUUCGAUGACCCAUUCGCUUUGGUAACGUUGAUUUUCGUUCGAGAUCAAGCAGAGAAUUUUCAAAAUGCCAUAUUGCGACUUGAAGGAGACUACAUUUGUGCUGUUGAUGCGUGCCAUACAAUCGAUGAAUUGAAAACUAAUGUUAAAAGUCGGCUGCAAAAUAAUUAUUUUUCAUCUGAAUUCCGCACUGCAAGUGAGAAAGUCAACAAUGGUGCUCCAAAACGAAAGUUUAUGGAUAAAGUCAAGGCAUUUCAUCGCACGGUAUUGAAGUAUUUGAAUGAUUGGACUGAAUGGUUGGAUGAUGUCAAAGUAUUUUCUUGGAUUCGGCUAAACAACAAAGUAAAAUGGAAUGAUAUCGAGUGUGCUGCACUAUGGAUGACUGGACGAAACUAUUUCAAUUCAGUGGAUAUGGACAAGCUCUUCAAUCAGUUCUCAAUUAUGGAAGCAUUCUUGAAUGUAAACGAAAAUUCAAUCAAAGAGGAAAAGGCGACUGACAAAAAGUGGGUCAAAAUAUUUCGUCAUUUUGAUGAGAAAUCGGUGCCAUUUAGUGAGUUGCUGAAGUUGGUAGAAUUUGCAUUGGUCAUUCCUGCUACAAAUGCAACAGUCGAACGCGUUUUUUCACACAUCAAUGACAUUUGGACACCAGAAAAAGGCAGCUUGAAAAUUGAAAAUGUUCGUUCACGGUUAAUGGUCAAGUUCAAUUGGAAUGAUUCUUGCUCAAACUUCUACGAAAAAAUCAAGGGUGAUUCCGAACUGCUUCGUAAAGUUAUGGGACAUGAAAAAUACGACAAAACGUCCGAUUUGUUCAAGACACAAUCAAAUGAACAGUUACUCUCAACUUCCACUACAGCUUAAGCUCAUAUUUAGUUAAAAAUUUCUGAUUAAGGUUACAUGCGAGUUUAUUUAUUAAUAUUUUGAUUAAAAAAUAUGAUUUUUGUAUCAA